GCAUCCUUUAACCUCUCUAAGUAUCAUCUCUCUCUCUCUCUCUCUCUCUCUCUCUCUCGAUCCCUAACUUCCUUUCAACCUGUUUUUCAAUCCUCCAAUUUCCCUCCAAAAUUUAUGGAAAAUUCCCUUACUUUCUCUACAAUUACCCUAAACCCACUAAAACCCUAAUCUUCUCUCUUUCUUUUAGAUACUUCCUCAGGGUAUAUCAAAUUAAUCAACCAUCUACUCACAAUUACUCUUGCUUUAUUUUCCUAUUUUUCUUUGUCAAUUGUCUAAUUUAUUUGUGGGUUUUUCAUUUCUCUCUUGCCUAUUGAGGAAUUACCAUUCCUUUGUUCAAAUCGUUGCUUGGUUUUUAGAUUAGGGUUUUUUUUCCUUUCUGCUUGUUUCCUGAGAAAACUAGGGCAGAAAGAAAGAAAACAAGAUUCUCUUUUCUUAUGAUUCUUCCACGUCGUAUAAUCUAUGGUUAUCUUAAAGAAUCACUGGUGAAAUGGUGGUUGAUUUGAAAAAGCCUUGAUUUUUAUUGACAUGAGGGUUCAAAUAUGAGCAAUGGAGGUGAAGACAAUACACCGGGAAGACCCAAAUCCGAUGACUUUGGUCGUGCUGUUUCAAGAAUGGCAGUGGCUCAGAUAUGUGAGAGUGUGGGCUUUCAUGGGUUUAAGGAAUCUGCUUUGGAUUCUCUCAAUGAUAUCACAAUCCGAUACCUCUGUGACCUAGGCAAGAUCGCAAGCUUCUAUGCCAAUUUAUCAGGUAGAACCCAAUGUAAUUUCUUUGAUAUAGUUAGAAGUUUUGAAGAUAUAGUAGGAGCUUCACAAGGGUUUUUAGGUGCGUCCAUUUCUGGUAAUUGUCUUGUUAAUUCUGGUACGAUUAAAGAAAUUAUUGACUUUGUUGGUUCUAAUGAUGAGAUUCCGUUUGCGCAACCGGUGCCAAGGUUUCCUGUUAUUAGGGUUAGAAAGUUAAUUCCUAGUUUUGAAAGUAUGAGUGAAGCGCCACCUGGGAAGCAUAUUCCGGCAUGGUUGCCUGCUUUGCCUGAUCCUCACACGUAUUUGCAUACACCUAUGUGGAAUGAGAGGGCUGUGGAUCCCCGUGCAGAAAAGAUUGAGCAAGCUAGGCAGAGGAGAAAGGCAGAAAGGGCUUUGUUGAGCUUGCAGCAGAGGUUGUUGAGUAAUGGCUCAGCAGGGGCUUCAUCCUUGGGGGUCAGUAAUAAUGUGAAAGAAUUGGGAGUAGUUGAGAGUAAUCAAUUUCUUGCCACUCCGUUGGAGUCUGGGAAGAAGGAUGUCUCUUCAGUUGUGUUGCCAGAUAAGCUAAAAAACCAUGUUUCUGUGAUGGAGGCAUUUGCACCUGUCAUUGAAGCAGCAAAAGAAGGCGGGAUUUGUGAUGAUGUAGAUGUUGAGAGGAAGAGUCUUCCUGAAAAGAGGCUUGCUGUGGCUUUUAAGUUUAAGACUGGGAAGAAGUUGUUAGGAGAGUCUUUGGACCUGAGUCUUUUGAAGAAGGGUGAGGGGAGAACGGGGCAUUGGUUAGGGCGCGAUGAUGAGAGGGAUGACAAGAAGAGGAGAGCAGAGUAUAUACUUAGGCAGUCAAUGGAAAACCCACAAGAGCUUACACAGUUGUAAACUAUUUUCUUGUCUGACUGGCUCAUUCAGAAGUUGCUUUUAGUAGGGGCUAUUGGUUCUCUAAUUAUUUCAGGGGCAUAUUUAUUGUUCCUGCGUGGAUUUUAUGAGAUUCUGUUGUGAGUGUCCCAUGCGAUCCUACUAACAAUUUUUGAGGUAUGUGAAUGCUUAUGUUUAUGUUACUUUAGCUUUAGUCUCAACUGAUUCUUUGACGGUGAAGUUUGUGCUUCUUUGUACCGUCAUUAGAUGUUGUAUCAUCACAUUGAAUUUUAUUGUGGGAUGGACAAAGUGUGCUCUUUGAUUCUGGCUA